AUGGAUUUUGAGGCAGAAUGUGACACGGACUGGGGAGUAGUGCCAGACAUAUUGCUGGUGACUAUAUUUCAAUACCUUUCUGACGCCGAUCGCGGAAGAGCUGCACGUGUUUGUAAACGUUGGGCCCAGAUUUCACAUUCCCCUUGUCUUUGGAGAAAACGUAUUAUGAGACUGGGCGCAGUUGACGCGGUGGAAGAACGGAAAGCACUCAGGUUUGCCCAACUUUAUGGCAGCCAUCUACGUCACCUUACAAUAUACUGCAGUAAGCGACGUGGAAACACGAGGAAGCGCUUCCAGAGAGUGAUGUGCCAAAUUUUGGAACACCUGGCGACAGGGCAAUGCCAGCUGAUAGACCUGAAUAUUCCCAGAAUGGAGUUUUAUCGGUUUUGGAGGUUUGAUUUUUACAGAGAAAAAUUAUUGAAAUCGGUCUGCAGGUUCUUACACUGCCAAAAUUCUCUGCGUUCAUUUAACAUGCACGCUGCACGCUUAAACAUUUUCAGUGGGUCCCAAUUACUCGAAGCUGUCGCAGAUGGGAGUGGCCAAACUCUCGAAGUUCUCAAUAUUGAAGAUUAUUACCACGACAUGAUCCAAUGUUUUAGAGUUCCAAAAUUCGUUAACACAUUGAAAAAGUUUACUAACCUUUCUAUUUUGUAUUUAAACUACAACUACAUAUCGGACUUUGUCCUGUGCCUGUUGGCAGAUAACUGUGGAGGAAAACUGCGGUAUCUAAGUAUUAAAGUUCACAGAAAAGAUCCGCACUCUCACGUCACAGAGAAAUCAUCGUGGCGAUUGUUGACCAACACUUGCCCGGAGCUGGGCGUGGCAGUGGAGUUCGACCACAUUGGGACUUACCGCGAUAUCUCUGCCAUCCUGGUUCCCGGAAUACCUUUGAAAUGUCUGCAGCCAACUAUCCCCGAGUACUGUAUAUACCUCAUUUUAAAUAUUUCAGCGUUAAAGCGUCUUCAUGUUUGUGCCAACGGCGACAAUGAGCAAAAACGGUUGGAGGUUCAAGAGAUCACAAACAAGUACCAAGCCAUGCUUCAGACACAGAAUCUCGACUUCAGAUUCUUCACAGAUAUCAUAUUUGAGGAGGAGGAAGAGUAGUGUCACAAUUCAGACCUCAGCAACAAUGGAAAAACUGGGAC